AUGAAAUAAUAUUUUAAAAUAUAAAAUGAUCACUAAUAUUUUUUCGAUGAAGCCUGGUUUGCAAAAGAUGAAACAGUAUUAUUUAUUCCAGAGAAGUUUAUAUUUUUAUACAAUAAUUAUGAAGAAGAUAACGUCCAAAUGGAAAAAACAUGGAAAUAAAUAGAUUUACGUUCUAAUAUAAAGCAUGGAGUACUCGAAAGAGAUGAUAAAACUGAAGUUUUAGCCCCCAAAUGGAAAUAUUUAAUUAGAAAAGGUGUACCAAUGUAAAUAAUGAAACAAAUAAUACUUGAUAUUUACAAAAGAACAUUUACAGAUAACGAAAUGGAAUAUUAAAUUGCAUUAAAAAUAGUUUUUAAAGAUUAAAUUCCUGCUAAUUUUAGAAACACUCCUAUUUUUAUGCAAGACAAUAGACCCUUAGAGGAAAUAGUUAAAAUAAAUAUUCUAAACAAAUAAGGUUAUGACGCUUUAAAAAGAAUAAUGUGGGUUUUAACUGAAAUGUAUUUUUAAAUUGAAUAUAAUCCAAUGGUUAUUUAAAUUGCGUCAAUGCUUCUUGUGUUUAUUAAAGAAGAAGAUGCUUAUUGUGUAUUAAAGUGUAUGAUUGAGGAUUCUAUUAAAUUAUUAAAUACUAAUAAUUAAGGUGAUGAAGUAUAGAGAGCUAUGAGAUGGCAUUUUUUAAUGAAUAAAAAUGAUUUUGUUAGAUUUUUAAAGGCGUUUUUUGAUACUUUGGAAAUUAUUUGGGAUUGGCUACCUUCUGUACUUAAGCUUUGUGAUCCUAUUUAAAUAUGGGCAACUAGUAAAGAUGGAUUUUCUUUGAAUAAUUUAUACAAAAAAUGUGAAAAUUAUAUAGGUAAAUAAAUGUUAAUUUUAAUAAAAUCUGAUGUUAAUAAUGCUAUAUUCGGUGUUUAUUGUGAUGAAAUGCUUUCUUUAGAUUCAAAAAGAACUUAUUAUGGCUCAAGUGAAACGUUCGUAUUUUAGCUAUAUCCUAAUAAAAUUAAAUAUGAAAGUUAAACAGAAGAUAACCAUCAUUGUUAUUCUUGUAAGGAUUAUUUUACUUUUGGAUCUAAUGGUAGAAUGACAUCGAACUUCUCUACAACUACCCGAGUUAAGCAUAAAAUAAUAUUUUUAGGCGAUUAAUAAGUAGGAAAAUCAUGUAUUAUUGAGCGUUUUAUGUAUGAUGUAUUUGAUGAAAAAUCACAUUCAACAGUAGGAGUUGAUUUUUUAGCAAAAACAUUACAUACUGGUGAUAAAAGUGUGCGCCUUUAAUUAUGGGACACUGCAGGUUAAGAAAGAUUUAGAAGCUUAAUACCUUCAUAUUUAAGAGAUGCAAAUUGUGCAAUAAUUGUGUUUGAUGUUACAACAAAGGAAAGUUUAGAUAAUAUAGAUAAAUGGAUUAAAGAUUAUAAAGAUAAUAGAGGAACUGAGGCAUAUUGUGUUUUAGUUGCAAAUAAAAUUGAUUUAAAAUUAUCAAGGGUUAUUACAACUGAAACAGCAUAAUAAAAAGCAUAAAGUUUAAAUAUGCCGUAUUAUGAAGUUUCAGCAAAAUCAGGGGAAAAUAUAUUAGAGACUUUUAAGUAAGUUUCAACUUAUUUACAGUAAGUAUAAGAAAAUCAUAACUAAGAUAAAAAUGAAAGUUAGUAAUAAUAAUAAAUAAAUCCAGAACAUAGUAUGGCUACAAAUAAGGAAACUAUAUAAUUAAAAGAAAAUCAAAAAAAAGAUGAAUAAUAAUAAGUUAUUAAAAAAAAAUGUUGUUCUUAAUGA